AUGUUACACAAUGAAUCAAUUGGUAAUGAAACUCCAUUAACUAACAAUAUUGAAGCCACUAAAACAACAAACGUUCAAGAUGACAACUCUAUUGAUGAUGGGAAGCAGUUAUUAUACGUUGAUUUAACGUCUAAAUCUAUAUUUAAGACGACUGAUAGGUUGAUUGAUGAUGUUUUAUGUGAUUUAGUAAUCAGUCUACCUAAGUUAAACACUGAUGAUGAUGAUAAUAAUAAUAAUAGUGAUAUUACAGUCUUAAAUUCAUCACCUUUAAGAUAUUCAAAAUUGAGACAGUUUCAUAAACCAUUAGAUUUUGGUACUAUAAUGGAUCAAAUUACUUUGCAAACUAAAUUCGAGUAUUCUUCCUUGACAUGUCCUCAAUACAAUAAGAUACAAGUCUUAAUGGGGGUCCUGUUUGACUCGAAUAUAAAUAAUGAUCAUGUCUUCAAUACAGAUGGUAUUAUUAAAUUACCAAUCUAUCAAUUGAAAAUAACAGUAAAGACAAGGUCACAUCUAGAACUGUAUAAAAGACAUGUUGGAAUCAGUCAGUACUUUAGAAUCCAUGACUUACAUCCCUUUGACAGGAAAGAUCUUUUAAUUUUCGACCCCAAAGAUCCAAAUUUAAUCGAUCAUGCAAUCUACGUAUCAUCAGAUACAAACAGACUGAUAUUGAUUGAGAUAUUCAAACCGGAAUUGAAUUCACAGGAAGAAAUGGAAAGUUUAUUAACCGAAAAUAUUAAAAAGACUUAUCAUUUAGCAUGUGAGAGUUUUAAAAGUUUAGAUCCAUCCAAUGUUCCCACACAAUUGGAUUGUAUUAACACAUUACUCAAAUUAUUUAAAGGACCACUCAUUCGAAAAAGUGCAUCUGAUCCAUUGAGAGUUAUAUCUGCUGAUAAUGUGGCAUUGAACUCACAUUUAAAUCCAAAUUGGUUGGUAGAAAAAUAUGGAUUUCAUAUAUCGAAUAAAAAUAAUGAUAAUGUUAAUAAUAAUGAUGGUAAUAACGGGAUUGGUGAUUCAAAAGAAAGGGAGAUAAAUGAAAUGGAGUAUAUUCCACCUGAUUUCACAGAUUCUGAUAGAGAUUGGAGAGUCAGAAAACAAAAGGAAUCCUUUAUUAGAAAAUGUUUACAUUUAGUAUUUCUUGGUAAGAGAUUAAUAACUUUUAUGAGUUCACAAAACAAUCCUGAUCUACUUAAUAAAGAUUCAAAAUCAUAUAAAGCGUUAAAUCUGUAUACUGUUCAAAUAUCUACAAAACCUCUAUUCCAAUUAUUAGGUGAAGUAAGAUCAAAUUUCGCUUUAACUUCAGAUCAAACCUCACUAUUGGAUGUCAACUAUCAUUUCAUUAAUCUCUCUUCUUCCUAUUAUUACACAGAUAGAGAUAUAAUUCUAAAUUACGAGACUUCCAAAAAAGUGGAUGAACAAAAUACAGGAAUAUAUUUUGAUGCUUUGACUUUUAUUGCUAACCGCAAGGGAUCUUAUCAGUUGCUGGGGUAUUGUGGGAAACAAGACUUGGUUGGUCAAGAGAUGUUGGAGAGUGCUUUAAGGGUAUUUAAGAUAGAUCCAACACAAAUUGAUUCGCCUAAUAAGUUAGAUGAGAACUUGAUUUUAUCCAUGUACCAACAUGAACAAAUGACACAUAUAGAUUCAAAUAGUUUGACAGACUUGAAAAAUGCGUUGCGCGUCCUAGCUAAGUAUAAGAAGUCUGAUUUUCUUCAAUUCUAUGUGACUUAUGAGCCAUAUAAAUCAUUAUCACAGGCUUAUUCUGAAUUAGAAAUUGAUGAAUCUGUAGAUGAUGAUAUUGUGCAAACUGCAUAUACUAUUAAAGUCAAUGACUCGCCUGGAUUAAAGUUGGAAUGUACAAGGGCUCUAUACACUAUUGCUCUUCAUAAGAGAAGUAUGGCUCUUUUCAACUUUUUGAUGGAUCAAUGUUCUUUAUUUUCAAAGUAUUAUGGACCAGAGAAAUAUUCAUAUCGUGAGGCAUUAAAUAUGAUUCAAGUCAACGAGAAUGCUAAUGAUGAAGUCAUCUUAAAAAUUUUCCAACAGAAAUGGGAACAUGAAAGUUUAUUGUCCGUCGAUCAGUUAUUAAAUUUAAAAGCAGCGUUAAGUAAAAUCUGUUUUGAGACAAAUUCUAAGUUGAUUUCCAAUUUUAUUGAAACUGGUUUAAUUGAUCCAAAUUGUCUGCCUCCAGAGAAUUGGCCAACUGGGUUAAAUAAUAUUGGGAAUACUUGUUAUCUGAAUUCUUUGUUACAAUAUUAUUUUGCUAUAGCCCCUUUAAGGGAAUAUAUUUGUCAAUAUCAUAAUACGCUUAAAGAUUUUAUAGAUAUGAAUAAUAAUUCUAAUAUAAUAAAAAAAAGAAGGAUUGGAGGGAGAGAAGUUAGUGAUUCAGAAGUGGAAAGAUCGAUUCAGUUUACAUAUCAAUUACGUGAUUUGUUCCAAAAGAUGAUAUAUUCUCGUAACAGAUGCGUAACUCCAACACAAGAAUUGGCAUAUUUAGCAUUUGCACCAAGUAAUGUAGAAGUUGAAUUUGAGAUGUCUUCACCUGAUACCAUAGUACAAGAAGAUGAUGGAGUUCAAGUUGAUUAUGUAGAAACUACAGAUAUGGAGGUGGACCAGUUUAAUCCUAUAGACUUACAAAACAAUGAUAUUAUGAAAGUUCCUAUUAAGAAUGAUGAUGGAAACAUGAAUAUUGAUACAUCAUUAGUUGAUGAAGACAGAAAGUCUGUCAAUGAUCAUAAUUUUAAAGGUUAUAAAAAUAAUGAAAAGAACAAUCGGGACAAAGAUCCUCUGAUUUCUACCAAAGUUGCUAAGAUCAGCAUUGAUCAGUUAGAAAAUACAUUGGAGAUUGGUAGGCAGCAGGACGUUACUGAAUGUAUUGGUAAUGUUCUUUAUCAGUUAGAAAGUGCAUCAGAACCUGUUAGUCUUGAUGAAUUCCAUGAACAAGACGAUUUAAUCAAACAACUGUUUUAUGGUAAGACUAAGCAAGACAUUAUACCAAUUAAGGAUUCUCAUGGUGUUCGUGUCAAAUAUGAAAGAUUUUUGUCUUUAAUGGUCACUAUUAGUGAUCAUCCUAGAAAUAUUUAUGAUGCAUUAGAUGCUUAUUUUAUGGAUGAGUAUUUGAAUUUAGAGGAAUAUGGUGAUGUGAAAAGAACUUUAUCAAUUACUGAAUUCCCUACAAUACUACAGAUUCAAAUACAAAGAGUUUAUUAUGAUCGUGAGAGAUUUAUUCCAUUCAAGUCAAUUGAUCCAUUACCUUACCCACAAACAAUUUAUAUGGAUAGGUAUGCUGAAACACAAGACAUUAAAUUGGUUAACAGGAGAAAAGAGGCAAAUGAAAUGAAACAAAGAUUGAAAGAAUUGCAAUUUAGACAAAAAGAGUUAUUGUCACGUAAUGAAGUUGGGUUAUCACGUAAAGAUGCAUAUUCUGAAACAGUUAAAUUUUUGAAAUCAGAUGUAUUAGAAAAUUGUGAUAUUGAUAUCCCUGAACUAUCAGUAUGUACAGAAGCAUUGGUUACUGAACUUGAAAAUGUUUCGAAUGAUAUUAAUAAAGAAUUAAGUGAGUUAUAUGAAAGCAUUACACAACUACAAGAUAAAAUUGAUCAUCAAUUUGAUGAAUUCCAGUCUAUAGCAUAUACCCUGUUUGCUGUGUUUAUUCAUCGCGGCGAGGCCAGUUACGGCCAUUAUUGGGUAUAUAUUAAAGAUUUGCAAAAUAACGGUACUUGGAGAAAAUACAAUGAUGAAACUGUUUCUGAAAUACAUGAAGAUGAGGUCUUUAACUUUUUAGAAGGUAAUACUGCUACACCAUAUUUCCUUGUCCUGGUUAAAAAAGAUCGUGAGAAUGAUAUUGAACCAUUAAAAAGAAUUAUUGAGGAUGAAAUGUUAGAUUAG